CCGCGACACACCCAGCUUCAGUCACACCAAUACCUCGACAGUCUACUCUAAUUGCUCACUUACUGAAGAACUGGUGACAAUCAGUCCUCUUCGGUUUCAGCAAUCAUGGGUAUCUCACGAGACAGCCGCCACAAGCGGUCCGCCACUGGUGCAAAGCGCGCUUACUACCGAAAGAAGAGAGCCUUCGAGAAGGGUCGUCAACCAGCGAACACCCGUAUCGGCAACAAACGAAUUCAUCUUGUACGCACCCGAGGUGGUAACACAAAAUACCGAGCCCUCCGCCUCGAAUCCGGCAACUUCAGCUGGGGUAGCGAGGGUAUCGCCCGCAAAGUCCGUGUCAUCGUCGUCGCCUACCACCCUUCCAACAACGAACUCGUCCGAACCAACACCCUGACUAAGUCCGCCGUCGUCCAAGUCGACGCUGCUCCUUUCCGACAAUGGUACGAAGCACACUACGGCACCUCUUUGGGUCGGAGACGACAGGGCCAGAAAUCCGAGGCUGAGGAGAAGAAGGUCAGCAAGAGCGUCGAGACCAAGCGGGAAGAGCGGUUGAAGAAGUCCGGCAAGGUUGAGUCGGCGUUGGAGAGACAAUUCGAGGCUGGCCGUUUGUAUGCCGUGGUCAGCUCGAGACCGGGCCAGAGUGGACGUUGCGAUGGUUACAUCCUCGAGGGUGAUGAGUUGGCCUUCUACCAGCGAAACAUGAGAAAGUAGAUGCACACCACAUGAUGUCUUGUUGUGUCUUGGUGGUCAUGCUGCUCGUCUAGCGAAUGGAUGAGAAGGGGAAAAAUCACGUCGGGAGCCAUGGCAUGGCAUGGCAUAUCCUACUCACACCUCGAGGAAUGUUGUACGUGGUGCUCCGAGCAGGGAGUCACUGCUUUGCCUGGUUCGGCCAUUCUAGUCUUGCGGGUACGAAAUCAGUAGCGUCACAGAGGUCGCAAAUGAGUUUACGCACAUGAGAGCCGAAAAGCAAAGGCAUUCAUACUACGAGGCUAGAAAAUUUCAAGUUUUCAAUCAACAAUUGUGAC